AUGUAAAGAUUUAAAGAAUGGCUUAAGCCUAUGAAGGAUUACUUUUUGAAUAGUUUUUCAGAGACAUCUCAAUUAUUUCUUUCAAAUUUUUUGGGAGACUAUUUGGAAGACCCUUAAUAAUUAAAUAUCAUCGCACUAAUUAAAGGAAUAGAUAAUUUGUAAUUAAAAACAAAAUAUAUUAAUCAACUGUUAGGUAGCAGUCCUUUUAAUUUUGAAGACGCGCAAAUUAAAUCAUUAAAAAUAUCAAAUCUUAAAUUUGAAGCUGAAAAAAUAACAUUCGUUAUUGUUUUAAAAGAUAGGUCUGAUGAUGAAUUAAAAUAAUAUUUAUAGAACUUAGAAGAAUUUAGGUAGCGUGAAAGUGCUAAAAUCAAUUAUCUUUACAAAUUAAGGAAAGAAGUUUAUUAAAGAAAUUGCUUAGAAUAAUGUUAGAAUUAGAAUUAUAGUGUUGAAUCAGGAUUUUUUAACUUUUUAUGCCUGGCUGAUACUUUGCUUAGUAAUCUUUCGAUCUCUAUUAAAAAUAUAUAAAUAAUAUUUAAACUUGAACAGGGAGUUCAAUAUGAAAUCUUAACUAGUGGUAUAAAUCUGGAAUUACAUAAAGCUGAAUCCAACAAUAUACUUUAUAUAACUACCAUUAUUGAUUUGAUAGAAUUAAGGCUAAAAAAUGACCAAAUAGCACUUAUGGAUAAGGCAAUCAAAUUAAAUAUCAUUCUAGAAACAAAAGACGAUAAUUAAGUUUAAUUAAAAUUAAAUGGCAACGUUUCUUCACUCGAUUUUUUGUUAAAUAAAAAAUAAAUAAAAACUAUUUUAAAGUCAUACUCCAGAUAUCAAUUAAAAGUAGACUAAAUAAGCAAGGCAUUAAUCUUACUUUAAAAUCAAUCUCCAGGUUUAGUAGUAGCAUAAAAUGACAAGAAAAAUAUUAAACAGUUUGAAAUGAAAGGCAUUGAAGCCUUAAGUACUGAACUUUAGAAAUCUUCUGAAUUAAAUUCAUUUAGUAACUAGUAAUCAUAAGAAGUCUUUCAAAGUUUAUAACUAAAUGUUGGAGAAACAGAUUAUUAUGUUGAUCCAAAAAUAAAAAAUCAAUAAGAAUAAUUUAAAUGCUAUUUUUAAGGAAUUAAACUAGCCGUAUGUGAAGAUGCUCAUUAAUUUCCUUCAUUAAGAGAAAGAUUCUUUCAAGAACUUGAAUCUCAUUUUUUUAUUGAAAUUGCUGAUAUCGUUAUGGAGUAUAGCGAAAAAUGUUUGAAAUUAAAUAUCGAAAGAAUGGCUGCUUACAGAAUAAAACUGAACAGUCCUUCCUUUUAAUUUAAUUUAAGAGAAACCAAUAAUUCGGCCUAUAAUUCUGAAAGGUUUUUUAGCUGUAAAUCUAUUGGAAAAUAAGAAUUUCUUGUAACUCCUGUUGUUUUAAUAGGAUAACAUCUACUGUAAAAAGUAGAAUACGAUUAUUCUAUAUAUAAUUUCGCGAAUUUUCAAUAAUAAUCAGAUGGUAAGAAGGCAAUUGAUGUAAAUAUCUAAUUAUUAAAGUGCAAAGAUAAAAAUGUAUUCUAUUCAGUAAAAGCUGAAUUCUCUUAAAUUGUAGCUUCAUUUAGGUAUGAUUCAAUUAUGAAUUUAUUGACAUAUGUGCCAAAACAACAGAUACAACAAAUACCCUAAAAAAAGACGGAUGUUUUAUAUGGAUUAGAUAUAUAAAUUCCUCAUAUUAUGUUAAGUUUCUUUAUAAAUGAGAAAACAGUCUCUCUUAAAACGAAAGGGAUUACAGUAAAAUAAAAGCCUACGAAAGCAGUCGAAUUAAAAACUGGGUUUUAAGAAUCAUGUGAAGAAGCCAAAUAUUUCUAAAAUCCAAUUCAACUAAUUAGCGUUAGUUUUAAUUAAAUUGAAUUAGAAUUUGAAGGAUAAAAUAUAGUUAUAAUAGAUUAAGAUAAUGUUAAUAAAAUAAAAACAUAUCCAACAAUUUAUUUUGCUUUUUAAGAAAUAAAGUAAAUGAAAAAGGAAAGAAUUGAUUAAUUAGAAAGCGUAUUUAAUUACAAAAAACAAAAAUGCAACUUAAUAAUAAGCGGAUUAAUUCCAAUUCUGAAAUUGAAACUUUCAGACAAUUUUCUGAAAUGGUUGAUAUCAUUAAAACAAUAUUAAUAAAAAUUCAUAAAAGUAAAAAAGUAGAAUGCAAAGAAAAUAUCAUAGAGGUUCUUUUAUUAACUUAAAAUAAACUUUGCCUCCAUAGGAAUAGAGGAUAAUUCUUUAAAACUUCAAACAGUAAGUAUUGUAAAAGCUAAAUAAAUUUUAAUUUUAAUUCAAGAUAUUAUUGCGAUUGAUUCCUAAAGUUUAACCCCUUAAAAUACAGAUUAAAAAUUUAAGAAUUUUAAAUCUACACAAAUGUUUCUAUAUAGAAUGAAAAAUGAGGUGAAUUCAAUAUAAUAAGAUAUAAAGAAGGAUUCAUUUGAAAUAUCAAAUAACCCAUUGUCAAUAGAUUAUGGAAAAUAUGUAAUUCAAGCAGAUUUUAAAGAAAAAACUGUUAUAAAGAUGAAAAAUAUAUGCUUCAGACUUUCAGAUUUUUAAUUUAAAUCCUUUCUAAAAUUGAGAGAUCUUAUUGAUUACUAUAUCGAAGUUGAUAGUUAAAUUUAAGAAGAUUGGUUUUGUAAAGCAUAAAUACUUACUGAGGAUAAAGAUGAAGAAAAAUAAAUCCAACUAAAUUUAGAGGAAGAUUGUUUUAUUGAUUUUUUACCUUUGGUUUCAGUAGAAACAUUCUCUAAUCAAAAUGAAAUCGAAAAUUAGCUUGCAUAUUCUAAUAGUAGAAUUUUACUAAGAGUAAAUAAUGCUAAGAUCAGUUCUAUUGUGGAAUUAAAUAGCAUUGAAAUAUUCAUUAUAGGAUAAAAUGAAAUGAAUAAUUUAUUUCCAUUAAUUUUAAAUGGUUUUUUCGAUCAUAAAUCUCAUAUUUUAUAAUUUGGAUCUUAAUUGAAAUUAAAAAAUGUAAAAUAUUAAGAUAAGUUAAUUAGUAUAGAUUAAAUUGUAGGAAAUUUUAAGUAUGAUACAAUAUAAAACAUCAUUGAUAUUUUUAAUGAUUUAUUAAAAUUAAUACCUUAAGCAGAUAGAUAGGUUUCAGAAGAGUAAUAUAAAAUCUCCUAGGAUUUCAGUUAAUAGCUCAUUAACGAGAAGAUUGUUGAGAAUGUUUAUCAAUUUGAAGUAGGGUAAAUAACUAUAGAGUUAGAAUAAGGAGUUACAUAUUAUGAAGUUGAUGUUAUUUAUGAUGAUACUGAAUGGGAUGAUGAAUUUGAUUAGACCUAAGACUCAAAUAAAAUUUGCUUUAACUUUUCAAGAUGUCUAUUUAAAGUUGAAAUGUAUAAAGAAGGUUAGAUAGGAAUUGGGUAUAGAUCUAAUUUUGAAAUAUAAGACAGAAUUGAUAAAUUAUAUCAUAAACUAAUUUUGCACCCUGAUUUUGAGGAGUUUGAGUUGUAGGAUAAUUCUGCAUUUAAAUUUGGUUUGAUAAUUGAAAAUCAAGCUUACACAGGAUUUAUUUCAAUAGUCCCUAUGAAAAUUUACAUAUCUGGUGCUCUACUCUAGUUUAUUAUUAAUUUCAUGUCAAAUAGGAUUAAAAAUGAGGAGAAAAUAGAUUUGGAUGAAAUAGAAAUAAUUAAAAAUGUGCCUCCUAUUAUAUGGUUGAAAAACUUAUAAAUUUGUGAAACUAGAUUGAAUAUUACAUAUGAUUCAUCUGGAUUAAAAGUAGAUGGUUUAUUGAAAGGGUUGUUAAAAAUUAGUUCAUUUUGCAAUUUAUAGAUAACUUUGAAGGAUACAUAAAUUGAAAGUAAAGGAGAUAUAUAACAUGUUUAAUAAUAAAUUAUAGAAAGCAUUUAAGAGAGUUUUGGUUCAAAAUAUUAGAUCGCAGGGAAAGCUUUGUAAAGUUUAGAUGCAUUUGUUUAAGUAAAGAAUUUAGGCUAGGAAAUAUUGAAUUUGUUUACUAGUCCUUUUGAAAAAUUAGGAGGAUCAAGUGGUAGUAUAGAUUUAUCAAAAUCGUUAAGUGAAGUGUUUUCAAAUUUAAAGAAUGGGCAGGAAAGGAUUCAAAGUUUCAAGUUUUUAUCUUUGUCAGGUUCAUUACUUAAAAGAUAUUGA